AUGGAACCUCCCUUUUUCAAUUCCCACUACCAAACACCCUUAACUCCCCAAUUCUUCCGUGUUCCGGUGCGACAGAGACCAAUCCCCACCCGAACGCCGUCGUCGUCGUCGAAUUUGCCGAGAAAGGUGGUUUCUAUCCCCAUUCGCUAUGUGAACUCAACGAACGAACGUUCCGACGCUAUUCUUAAGAUCCAGAAAACGUUUCGCGGGUUUCGGGUCAGGAAACCCAUGAAGAAGAUUCUGGAACUCAAGCGAGAGGUGGAUGCUGUGGAGAAGAAGCUUCAAGAGAGAGAAACAAUGGCGGUGCUGAAGGGAGACCGGAUAGAGAGGUUGAAGGUGAACGAGGGUUUGAUGUGGUUGUUGUUUAAGCUUGAUUCUACCCGAGUGUUUAACGAUGAAAUUAGGGGUUGCCGUAAGGCGGUGAUUCGGAAGGCGAUUAUGUUGCAGGAAUUGGUCGAUUCUGCCAUGGAUGAUGGUGUGGUGGAGGAGAGAGAUUCUGAGGAAAUUGCUGAUGGUGAAAAUUCAGAAAAAUCUGAAGGAAUUGUUGAGAACACUAAUAAUUCGUCCGCAAUGUUUGUCAAAAAUUCGGCGACAAUGGAGGAAGAGAGAGAAGCAGUGAUCAACGAUGAAACCCUAGAAAAUUCUGACGAAGCUGAAGAACACGCUGAAGAUGUAGACGAAGCUGAAGAACAGGUUGACGAUGUAGCGGAAGUUUCGGACGAUUCGAGCAAAAUUCAAGUUGAAGAAUCGGAACAAACAGCAGAUCAAGUUAAGAUUGAAACUGUUGCUGCUUCUAAUGAUACCUGGGAAUGUGUUGGGGGAGAAACAGAGGAGCAGAAGUCUGAUUUUGUCGAGGAAAGCGAAGAAGAUGAUCAUGGAGAAGCUGCUGAGAAUCGCGAAAGCAAGAGAAACUCUGAGAAUCGCGAAAGCAAGAGAAACUCGCCGGAGAAGGGACCUUCAAACGAGGACUGGUUUGUCAUAGACGGCGGCGAAGAGGAGGAGGAGAAAAGGAAGAAGGAGAAGUUGCUGGAGAGAAUGGCGGAGGAUAACAAGAGGUUGGUGGCAAUGAUGGCCGAUUUAUGUGAGAAAAACGCAGUUCAAACUAGUUUGAUCUGCUCAUUGUCACAGAGGGUUGAGCAUCUGGAGAAGGCUAUGAGUGAUAGAUUGAGGAAGAAGAAGAAAAAGCUUAAUGCUUCUCUUAUUUAA